AUGGCUGGAAACCAAACUCAUACAAGGUCGUGCUAUCCGAUGCACCUCCCUACGAACAAGGCAGCUCGUUGUCCUCUGAAGUUCAAUGUUAUAACUCCCAAAGGAGUAUGGCCUAUAGUUGAAGAUAAGUUACUCGAAGGAACGAAUGAGACACGCAUGCCUUCCAUGGUGAAGCUAUCUAUGCCACUGGACUCGGGCAAAAGGAAGCCAGAAAUGCCUCUUGAUGGUCAAAGGUGUAAAAAGCAAAAGAUGUCCAUUGAUGAUCAAUGGCAAAGGAAAAGAGUUUCUGUUGUUGUAACUAAGAAGCUGGAGGCUAAUGUUCCAGAGAUGUCCAUUGAUGAUCAGAGGUGGAAAAAGCAAAAUAUGGACUGCAAUGUGAAAGCUGAGUGCAGUAAGCUUUUGAAAGAAUUGGUGGAUCGUAGACUGGCACAGGCGUUCACUAAGCCAGUCGAUCUAAUAAAGACUCCUGAUUACUUCAAGAAGAUUAAGAAUCCAAUGGAUUUAGGAACAAUAAAGCGUAAUCUGGAGAGGAAUAUGUACUCUGAUGCAAAGGAAUUUGCUGAUGACAUGGUGCUGACUUUUAGGAAUGCAAUGUUGUAUCACUCUCCUACGAAUGAAGUUUAUCGCAAUGCAAGGCUAUUGAAUUGCAACUUCAAGAGGAGGUGGGAAAUAUUGGCUAAAAAAAUGAAGUUAGUUGUAGAAAAAAGUCACCAAGUUAUGAAGCCAGCAGCUGCAGCUGGUCUGAUGAAAGCUCCCAAAGCUGAACAACGUGGCUACUCAAGGCGCGUAUCACUAGAGAAAAAACUGAAGAAUCUAAGUAUGGAAAAAACAGCACUAAAUGGCUGCACAUCAUUGAGGAAAACUUCUGACAAAGGUGUGAACCGGUGUCAAGAAGCAGCUAUUGAUGCUUAUACUCGUGGGGCUGUCCCCAUUGAAGCAAAAAGCCCAUGUUCAACCUCUGCCACGACUCCUACAUCCGCUGCUGAAGGUGUUCAAAUGUCGCCAAAGAAGGCUUCGCGGGUUGCAAUGCUCAAAGGCCGCUUUGCUGAAAUGGCUGCUCGUGAGAGGGAAAGAAAAGCUGCAAGGAUGGCACUAGAGAAGAUCAAAAAGACCGUUGAGAUUGAUACGUCUCCUAUCCUGCUGAAAGAGAUGAGUAUUCUAUUUGGUUGCUAUUCAAAUCCCAAGGCUUUGGAGAAAGUUGGCUUUUACUUGAAGCAAAACUAUGUGGAAGAGUAUGAAGUAUGAGA